CAUUCGAAAAAAGUGGUUAGACACUUUCGACUAAUAAUACCUACAAUAUCUGUUGAAACAAAUAUUAGACUAAUGAGAAAACUAUUCCGAUUGUGUCCAAUCGUUAUCUUAUUGAAUCAUAAUUGAUUAAAUAUAAAUUUUUUGAGCCUGAUCAUGUUUACCUGUAAAACUUUUUGGGUAUGGAUCUCGAGAAGUUCGAUUUCUACACAUCCAUUACUACAAACUUCCAUUUGAAGAGGCUCUGAUACAGUCAGUGUGUAGAGCACGUUAAGUUAUCCAUGCGUAGGAUAUGAGACUUUUACUAUUUACUUUGUUGAAAAUAUUGAAGCACUCAGUUUUGAAACUGGUAAAAUUCUCAGUAAACAUCUAUUUACAUAUGGAUAAUUCAAUUUGAUCUACAUACGGAACUGUAUCAGAACUUCUUCAAAUGAAAAUUGGUACUGAUAAGUAUCAAUAGUUUGUUGACCAAUUAAUUUUGAACAUAAUGACAACGUAGUGUAGAGAUAAUAAAAUUGAUUUCUUUUUCUUUUUUUACAAAAAAAAAAUAUUUUUAUUAUUAAUUUUAGUAUAGAAAUGAAAUAUUGCGCUAUAAUAAAAACGUUGAUUUAAAUUUUAAUUGAAAUAAUAGAAAUAAAUUCAAUUUCAAAUAUGAGACACUGAUUAAUGGAAUUAAGCAACGAUAAUUAAUUGAAUGAUAAAAUCAGUUAAUUCAAAUUUUAACUAUUCUAACAAAUAGUUGAUCAAAUAAUUCUUAAAUAUUUAACACUCAUAAACAAAGAUCUUUCACAAUUUUUUACAAAAUUGUAUAUAAAACUCAAUUAAUAUUAUAUUUUAUUAUAAAAACUUGAUAUAAGUGAAAUAGUAUCUGUCGAAUUCAUUUUCAUAAAAUCUAAAUAAUAUUGCUAAAAUUUAAUGUAUUUAUCAUUUGUUUUUAUUUUAUUUUUUUUUGUUCUUAAAUUCCAUUCUGAAUAUUAUUGCUGAUAGAUAAUCUUUUAUUUUCUUUUGUUUUUAGUUCACGAAAUACCAUCACAACAGCUGUUUCAACACCAUCAGUUCAAAAUUUAUCCAUAUCAUUUACCUAUUUAAAAACUAUUUCAAAACAAAAUCCAAAAUAUGUUGAUAAAAUUACUCCAAUUAUAACAAAACUUCUUCAAAAAUUAAUUAAAGAUCAUGUUAGUGCUGGUACCGAGUAUAAUCCAGCAUUUACCGAAUAUAUUAUUGAAUGUCUUGAAUUAUUAAAAUAUCGAAUACAUACACUCACACAAGAUUUACGUAAACAAUUUAUGAAUACAUUUUUACCCGGUGUUACUGAAAAAUCACACGAUAUUUUAUUAAUACGUUCAAUAAUAAAAUUAGUUGAUGAUUGGUUACGUUAUCGUAGUGGUACAAAUAAUGAUCAACAACAAUCUUGUCCAACAUUAAAAGAAAAAUUAAAUAUUUUAUGUAAAUUAAUGCAAUGUAUGGAAAAACGUUUUUUAGAUGAUUCAAAUUUAUAUAAUCAAUUUUUAGAACUUAUUCUUUAUAUUUAUCAAGAACCCGUUUAUAAAGAUACAGAAAUAUGUCAAAAAAUGGAGCCAGCAUUUCUUAUUGGAUUAAAAUCAACAAAUAAUAAUAUAAGACAAAAAUUUUUUAAUGUAUUAGAUAAAAAUUUGAAAAAAUCUAUUCAAGAUCGAUUAUUUUUUAUGUUUCUUUCACAAAAUUGGGAACAUUUAGGUCAACAUUAUUGGAUUAAACAAUGUUUAGAACUAUUUUAUUCAUGUGUUCAACCAACAUCUAUUUUAUCAACAAAUAAUCGUUCAUCUGCAUUAACAUCAUUAUUAUCAACUGUUUAUUCAUCUGAUUAUUAUGAUCGAUACUAUUUUAUGGAAUUAUGUACAAAAAGUCAAGAACAAAAUAAACAAAAUAGUAUUGUACCAUCAGUUCCAAUUAAAAUGGAAGUAAAUGAUAUGGAUGAUGAUACAACACUCUCACGAUUAUCGAAUACACGUGUCUAUCGAGCUACAAGUACUCUAGUAACACCAGUCGUUUCUUCAAAUUCUCUAAUAGAAGAUGAACCAAAAGCAAAACGUUUGAAAGCCACUUAUCAGCAUAUACUUCGUUUGAAUGAUCAUGAUACGGAUGAUAUUGUUUUUUCAUGUUGUCGAACACAAGAAUAUGAAAUAAAAUUUAAUAAAUUAUUAGAUGAUGAAAAAACUUAUUUAAAAACAUUAAAUAUUCAAUCAAAAACAAAUUCAUAUGAAUUUUUUAAUUCUAUUGUUCAAUUAAUUCAUGCAUUAUCAACGGCUGAUCCUACAAUUACUGCUGGUGAUGAAUUAUGUCAUCAUUUAUUCAUUGAUUUAUUACCAAAAGUCAUUCAGUUAUUACCAGAAAAAUUACGUUCAGCAUUAUUUACAUCUGUAAUACAACCAUUUCUUGUUAGUGGUGCUCAUCUUCAACAACGUGAUACAUAUCCGCAUAGUUCAUUAAAUACAAUAUUAGAAGCAUUAUCAACAUUUUAUAGUCAUAAUACACAACCAAUGACAACUAUUAGACCGGACGUUAUCAAAUAUUUAAGUAAAACACAUAAUAUAUGGUAUAAAGGUGUAUUAUUAUUAGAAACAUAUAUUCUUAAUCAACAUCCCCAUGAUAUAUCCAAAGUUAACAUAGAAUUUAAUAUGGAAAAGCAGGCGGAGAAAAAUGAUCAACAAGAUUAA